UUUCGAUUUCCCAUCAUGCCAACUCUCCAGACAUGGAACCUCACACUGCCUUCUGCUUCCUUUUCCUGCAUAUGGAAUAGACGCCCACUUCCCAGCACAGGUGGCAUCCGCCUCACCCAGGUGCCGCGACCCCGGAAGUUUCUGAGAAGCCGCGGACGGGCCGGGCUGGAGUCUGCGCGGCAGCUGGAUGCCCUCGGCGGGUGUGGAGAGUCUGCUGCAGCAGGCCAGGGAGAUCCAGAAUGGAGAGCUCCAACGGUUCUGCUCCCGGGUCAGCAAAUUGCUGCAAGAGGACCCGGGACCCGCCACCAUAGAUGCUCUACAGAGGCUCUUCCUCAUUGUAUCCGCCACCAAGUACCCCCGGAGAACACCCUCUGCUUGCCCACGAGCCCUGAGCAGCUUCAGGUCCUCUGUGCUGCCAUCCUGAGAGAAAUGUCACCCUUCGAUAGCCUGGCCCUGUCCUGUGACCACGCCCAGAACACCCGACAGCUUAGCUUUGUGGCAUCUGUGCUCCUGGCCCAGGGAGACAGAGGAGAAGAAGUCAGACAUGUGAGCCAGCGCAUCUUUACAGUCCUUGAGAACCGACAGCCUGAGGGGUCCAGUGUCAGGCACCUCCUCCCCAUCCUAUCCAAGGUCAUUAGCCUGGCCCCAGGCAUCCUUCAGGAAGACCAGACCAACCUGCUCAGCAAGAGACUGGUUGACUGGCUGCGCUAUGCCAGCAUCCAGCAAGGGCUUCCACACUCAGGGGGCUUCUUCUCCACACCCAGGAUCCGGCAACCAGGCCCCAUCACCGAGGUGGACGGAGCAGUAGCUUCAGACUUCUUCACAGUGCUCUCCACGGGCCAGCACUUCACGGAGGACCAGUGGCUGAACAUGCAGGCAUUCUCUAUGUUGAGAACAUGGUUGCUAUACAGCGGCCCUGAGGACCCAGGCACUCCAGAUGCAGAUGACAAGUCAGAGCCGGAGGGCUCCACCCUGUCUGUGCUUUCUGCCACCUCCACUGCCAGCCACCUGCUGCCCCCUCGGGAGCGCCUGAGGGAGGUAGCCUUUGAGUACUGCCAACGCCUCCUGGAACAGAGCAACCGACGUGCCUUGAGGAAGGGGGACUCUGACCUACAGAAAGCUUGUGUGGUGGAGGCUGUGCUAGUGCUGGAUGUGCUGUGCCGGCAGGACCCCUCCUUCCUGUACCGCACCCUCUCCUGCCUCAAGGCCCUGCACAGGAGGCUGGGUGAGGACCCUGGCAGCGAGCGGGCACUGGUGCCCCUCGCCCAGUUCUUUCUGAACCAUGGGGAGGCAGCCACCGUGGACUCGGAAGCUGUCUAUCAGCACCUGCUCAGCAGGCUCCCUUCUGAGCGCUUCCACAGCCCCAUGCUGGCAUUCGAGAUCAUCCACUUCUGCACUUACAACCUGGCCCUGUUCGACUCACACUUCCUGGGGCUUCUCAAGAUGAGCUUUCCUAAUCUAUUCAAGUUCCUAGCAUGGAACAGCCCUCCCCUCACUGCCAAGUUCGUGGCACUCCUCCCAGCUCUGGUGGAUGCUGGCACAGCCUUGGAGAUGCUGCAUAUGCUGCUGGAUCUGCCCUGCCUGACUGCUGCCCUGGACCUACAGCUCAGGUCCUCACCAACUCCUUCUGAAAGGCCACUUUGGGACACCACCUUCAGGAUCCCCAGCUGCCUGGAGGCCUUCCGAGACCCGCAGUUCCAGGGCCUUUUCCAGUACCUGCUUCGCACCAAGGCCAGUGGCUCCAUGGAGGGGCUGACACCCCUCCACCAGCUGCUGCAGCCCAUGGCUAGCUGUGCCCGGGUGGCCCAGUGCGCUGAGGCAGUACCCACCCUGCUCCAGGCAUUCUUUUCGGCUGUGACUCAGUUCGCCAAUGGGGCCCUAAUCAACCAGCUGGCACUGCUGCUCCUGGAGAGAAAUGACUCCCUCUACCAGGUCCCUCAGUAUGAGGCCCGUGUGCACAGGGUGCUGAGCUCCCAGUUUCUGGCGCUGUGUAAGCUGAAGCCCUCACUGGUGGUGGAGCUGGCUCGAGAACUGCUGGAGUUCGUCGGGAGGGUGAGCAGCAUCCACAGCCGAGCCAGCAUGUUCACCUGUGUGGUGUGGGCCAUCGGGGAGUACCUCUCAGUGACCUGUGACAGGCGCUGCACUGUGGAGCAGAUCAACAAAUUCUUCGAAGCACUAGAAGCCCUGCUGUUUGAGGUCACCCAGUCCCGUUCCUCAGUGGACCUGCCCUGCUGUCCCCCAGAGGUUGUCACCACGCUCAUGACCACACUGACCAAGCUGGCCUCCCGGAGCCAAGACCUAAUUCCCAGGGUCUCCUUGUUCCUGUCAAAGAUGCGGACCCUGGCCCAAAGCCCAACCACCAGCUCCAUGCACAGGAAGGAAGACACAGAAGCCAUCCGCAUCCGAGCCACAGAGCUGCUGAUGCUGCUGAAGAUGCCCAGUGUAGCCCAGUUUGUGUUCACACCCACUGUGGGAGUAUGCCAGCCCCGCUACCACAGAGAUACCAACACAGCCCUGCCUCUCGCUCUGCGCAUGGUCAGUCGGCUGGUGGAGAAGGAGGCUAGUCUCCUCCCAGGCUGAAGCGGCAGUCAUGUGGACACCCACUAUGAAGAUUAAGAGCCUGGGCAGUCAGCCUGGUAUUAGGGCUGAGUUGUCAGCUUGGGUGACCAGAGAGGAGUGGGGAGGAAAGGAAGCUUCUAGGGGGAAGAGGGUGGGUCCAGGAUGGACCCUGAGUGGUCCAGGGUGGCUCUCGGGAUAGUCACUAGCCAGCCGCCUGGGGCUUAACUCUUCCCUUGCCCACCCACAUGGUAGUUAACAACUGUCGGUAACUCCAGUUUCAAGGGAUCUGAUGCCACUUCUGGCUUCCAUGGGCAACACAGGUGCACUUACAUGCAUGCAGGCAAAAUAAUCACAUACAC